AUGGAUGUCGAUGAGAGGUUGCAUCAAGAUGAAAAUCAAACCCACCCUUUUUCGCAAAAGAAGUCAAGCAGUUUCUUGAUAAAGGAAAAAGCUGCUACAAAAUCCAAGGAUCUUGAACAUAUAAGGCUUCGUGACCUAAAUUUCAAUCAUAGAAAAAAGCUAGAUGACAAAAAAUUGGCAAAGCAAAUCCCAGUUAAGGCAAAUUUCAAGAAGCCUAACGAAAUUGAAGCUCGCGCUAACCUAAAUUCAAAUGAAUUAACAGAUAUCAACCUUGACUAUAUACCGGAUUCCCCAUCUAUAGAGAAAAUAUCAGGGCCUGAGGAUUCUAUUGUUGUAACGCCAAGAAAUAUCAUACAUUUACAAUCUGAUUCAGAUAUUAUUCUCGAGGAAUGCGAGCAUAAUUAUGACUGUAGCCCUUUUUACCGUCUGUUCAACUACGAAAAUAGAAUUGAGCCCGAUGACUACGAGGCUAUUAUAAACGCUAUAAUAACUGACGAAAUUGCUGGCACAUAUCCGGUUUUCGAACGGGAAUUAGAGUACCAAGAACUGAAAAGUCUUGUCAGAAAGCGAGAUUAUAUUAUGUAUUAUUUCUUGUCAAGGGAUUAUCGGGGGUUUUUUCAGUUGAAAGAGGAACGUACUUUAUUUUAUAGGUACCCUUCAAUUGCGUACACUAGCCCGUUGAGGUAUCUGGAUAAUGGAUCUGAAACCGAGCAGUUUACCGGGGAUGAUGAUGAGGAGCUCCAAUCAUUUGAUUUUGAAAACACAUCAUCUGUGAGGACUUUAGAUAGUAAUAUAUGGCGUUAG